CCUUGGGGUCACCGAACUCCGAGAUCGGAGCCUCUCUACUCUAGUUUUCCUCUUUGUGUGAUUAUACUGUGCAACUUGCGUUGGAAUAUUUGUAGUCUUUGUUGUGGUGUGGAAAUGAAAUACACGAGUACUGACGAUUUUUUCCAUAAUUUUCAAGGUGGGAGAUGUGAAUAUGGAUAGGAAUUUGGCAGAGUGGGAGAGAACCUACGGUCAAACCAACGAACACCAACUGUACUUGUAGUGCUCGUGUGUAAUGACUAAUGUUCAUUUUCCAAAAUCAUGUUUAUCUUCGUAUUUUGAUUGUUGGAGAUUACUCACGUGCAUUAACGGUGGUUUAAUUGAUAUUUUAUGUGACCGAGGUGAGGAAGGAUUGAGGAAAGAUGGGACAGUUCCAGAAGGAAGAGGUGGAGGAGGAGGUUUUAACGGCUGAGGACGAGAGGUUAUCUGAACCAAAAUCUGAAUUGCAAGUUUCGAAGAAACAGAAAGCUAAACUGCAUAAAUGUAGUUAUGAGGGAUGUAGUUUAAGCUAUAGUAAACUUUCACACCUGGAGAGACAUCUUCGAGGCCAUGUUGGAGAGAAACCCUGGAAGUGCAAUUUUCCUCAGUGUGACAAGGCUUAUACAACAUCAUUUAGUUUAAGGAAACAUCAAGCAGCUCAUGAAAAUUUCUCUCGUCCAUUCAGUUGUACAGAAAGCCUCAGCCCUGAGAGGGUUAGUCUUCCGAGACAACCAAGACGUAUUCAUAAAUGUACUUAUGAAGGAUGUGAUGCUACUUUCAAAAAACGUGACAGGCUUGAGGGGCACAUCAGACAGCACAAGGGAGAGAGACCUUUCAAAUGCUCAGUUGAAAAUUGCGACAAGGCCUACGCGACAAACUCACAUUUGAAGAGACAUGUGUUGAGCCACACGUCAGUCUCUACAACACUUAUCUGUGAGAUCUGCUCAUUAACUCUGAGUAAUCGUCAAAAUUUAAACAGACACCACAAGAGAGUGCACAUGAGUAACAGACUCUACUGUGAAGAAUGUAACCAAACAUUUCGAAAGAAAACAAAUUUCGCUGAACACAUGGCUCUCAUUCACACCGACGAUUUGAUCACCUGCGAUAAGUGUCCUAGGAAGUUUAAGACAUCUCUUCUGCUGUCUAAACACUAUCGAACUCAUAUGAAAUCGUAUCCUUGUGAUCGAACUGACUGCAAACGAAUAUUUACCAAAUUCAUUGAGUUGAGAAGGCACAGGCAGAAUGAUCAUGUAAAUGAAUACAAAUGCCCCAAAUGUGAAAAAACUUUUCUAUCCAGAUCCCAUGUGAAACUUCACUCACGUGUGCACUCGAGCACUUUAAUUCCCUGUCCCUAUGAGAUGUGCUACAGAGCAUACAGUUAUCAGAGUAAUCUCGAUUCUCACAUACGUACAAGUCACUUGAAUCUUAACAUCUACUGUGACGUUUGUAAGCUUGGAUUUGCAACCAAGGGUAAUGUUAGAAGACACAUACAAACGGUUCACAUGUGCAAAGUUAAGACUAAGACUGAAAGGAAAGUGAGAAAGAAGAGGAGAGACGCUGGAAGGGCCAAGAAGAGUAUGGUUAGUAAAUUAUGUGGGAUAAAUCUAUCGGUCACGGACGAGAAAACUUUGCUCACACGAAUCCCCAGGGUAGGCUUGACAAACGAUACUUUUUCAUCUCCUACUUCGAAAUCUGGGGAUGAACAGCAACUCAUUAAGUAACUUAUUCAGUUAUUACUUGACGCAUCCGUUUAUUAGUUAAUGGAGAUUAAAGAGAAUUCUUUAUAUUUUGAGAUGUAAGAAAGUCAAUCUUUGCGAUUCCUCGGUUGUUCAUGUAUUAAAAACUUCAUAAUGGGAUUAAAAACCCAUUGUUUAUUGUAUGAGAGGUAUAUAAAAUGCAAAAGUGAUAUGACCAAGAAUAUAAA